AUGGUUGUCGCCGACGAGUACCCGCCGGCCCUGGCCAAAUUCCUCAAAUCAGUCACUUCUGUAAAAGCAGAUGAUGCAACUGAGAUCCUUACAGGUCUUCUCAAGCGACGAGAGAUCAAAUCCAGCCGAAACGUCGCCAAGGCCGUCACAAAGCUUCUCUUACGCUUUGUAUCACAAAACCGACACACUAAGCUCAGCGAAUCUCAAGGACUCAUUAAGGAUGUCAAGGACCUUGGGAAAACCAUAAUCGCAGCUCAACCACGGGAGCUAGUCAUUGGAAAUAUUGUCCGACGAGUCCUGGGUAUCAUUCGCGAAGAGUGUCAUGAUAGCAAUCCCCUCUUGGGCUUUGCGGAUCUUCCUCUCGGAGGCAGACUCUCGAGAGCCAGUAGCAUUGGUGAUGAGAGUGCUGACCUGGGUAGUAACCCAGGCUCUGGAACCGCAACACCAUAUUCGGGACGUCCGUUUUCGCGGGAUGGCGGCGAGGAAGAUAUCGAUGCGAUGUCGCGAAGGAAGUCAAAGGCUUAUAUUCCUCCCAAUCCCAGGGAUUUGACUCGUCAGGGAUCAAUUGCACUUCCGAAUCCAAACUUCGGAGAGAAUAAUCUUCAACAUGCAUUGUUUUUCCUCCUACGACUCCAACCCGAGGAGCUGCCUAAUGACUCGCCAGGACUGAAGCCUCAGUCGAAAGAGCCAUUCCAGGAUAAGGACAUUCGAGGAGAUGUUAUUGAGGGUAUCAAAGAACUUAUGGACGAAUUGGAGCUGGUCGACGAGCAAGUUGCGGCACACAGCGAAACCCAUAUCCAUGCUAAUGAAAUUGUUAUGGUUCUCGGAUCGUCCCCUACGUUGCAAGCGUUCUUGAUGAAAGCUGCCGUCAAGCGAAAGUUCACCGUCGUCAUGAUCGAGGCGUAUCCAAACGACUCUCGUGCGACACAGGACGUCUUGAAGGCUCCAUCGAAGUUCACGACACCCACUGGUCUAAAACAAAUGGGCAAGAACGCUGCAAAGGAUGAGCCUCUCACGACGGCUGAGAUGAAAGCGACGUUGACGAGCGUUGGUGUUGAAACGAUUUUGAUCCCAGACUCGGCUGUUCCAGCUGUCAUGUCCCGAGUCAACAAGGUUCUCAUGGGAACUCAUGUCAUCCUCAGAAAUGGAUCGAUGAUCACAACCGCAGGAGCAAGAACUGUGGCUAGAUGUGCACAAGAGCACUCGGUUCCGGUUGUUGUUGUCAGCGGAGUUUACAAACUGUCGCCAUUAUAUCCGUUUGAUCCAGAUUCGAUGCUUGAAACCGGUGAAAGUAGCACUGUCAUCGGUUGGGCGGAUAGCGAGAUGGUUGGUAACGCCGAGAUUAUCAAUCCAACGAUGGAUUUCGUUCCAGGGGAACUUGUAGAUCAUUAUAUCACCAAUGUUGGCGGAUACACACCACAGAACCUGUACAAGCUUGUUGAAGAGCAGUAUGGGAAUGCUAAUGACACUUUGGAGUAG